CAUAGAAAGCUAAUUAAUGCCCCCAAACAUCCCUUAAGAGAAUUAGAACGAUGGUCGGGCAAGUCUCACACGAGGUGGAGGUGAACGUGGUGGCUAGCGAAGCGUGGGAGAUCUACGGCACGCUUCGGUUGGCAAAAGUUGUUGAAGAAGCGUUUUCAGGAAUCAUUGAGAAAGUUGAGGUCAUAGAAGGUGAUGGAGGGGUUGGGACUGUUCUCAAGCUAACAUUUGCCACAGGUACACCUGGUUUUAGUAGCUUAAAAGAGAAGUUCACAAAGGUUGAUCAUGAGAAACGGUUGAAAGAAGUGCAAGUGAUUGAAGGAGGAUAUCUUGAUGUGGGGUUUACUCUUUAUCGUGUUCGUUUUGAAAUCAUUGAGAAGGGGGAUGAUUCAUGCAUAAUCAAAACAACAAUUGAGUACGAUAUCAAGGAGGAGGAGGCAGCUGCUAUUGCCACGUAUGUCAAUAUCGAGCCAUUGGCAAAAGUUGCAGAACUUGCCAAAGCUCAUCUCAUAAAAAACAAAGCUGCAAAAGGUGACCACUAGCUGCUAUAAAUACCAAUUUAUCUUUGGAAAUAAAAUAGCAAACCUUUUGUAACAAGUAAUUAAAAACUUGAAAAAAAAAAAAAUUAUAUAUAUAUGUAAUAGGUUUGGGUUUGGUAUGUAAGAAAUUGCUUAAGUGUGGCCAAUAUGCCAUAUGUAUUAAUGUUGUUUAAUAAAACAUAAUCGCGGGUGUUUGGUUAUUUAUUCCGAAUAAGAACG